GAGCAAAUGGAGUGGAAAGCGGAACCAAAAUAUGCGAGUCGGCUUCAGUUUCCACCCGGCGUGUAAACAACUACGGAACGCAGCGGAAGAAGGUCCAUCGUGCAGAAAGGCUGACCAUGUGCUAACGGCGUUAGCGUUCUGCUGCUACGUCUUCUCGGUUUACUUCCCAACAUGGAGAACAUUACAGACGGGACAUGGGACACAUUACCUGUUCAACUAAACGAGAAGAUUUUACAAACACUUGAGGAAAUGAAAUUUACUUACAUGACACCUGUACAGUCGGCUUGUAUUCCACUGUUCAUGAGCAAUAAAGACGUUGCUGCUGAGGCGGUCACCGGCAGCGGGAAGACUUUGGCUUUUGUCAUUCCUAUUAUAGAGCUGCUGCUGAAACGCGAGGAGAAACUCAAGAAGAAGCAGGUCGGUGCUCUGGUGAUCACUCCCACACGAGAACUGGCCCUGCAGAUCAGUGAAGUGAUGGGGAUGUUUAUCCAGAAGUUUCCAGAGUUCACGCAGAUUUUGCUGAUUGGUGGCAGCAACCCAGCAGAAGACGUGGAGAAGUUUACAGAGCAUGGUGGCAACAUUGUGAUUGCGACGCCCGGCCGCCUGGAGGACAUGUUCAGGAGGAAGUCAGAGGGGCUGGAACUGGCCAGCGCAGUCCGGAGCCUGGAUGUUCUGGUUCUGGAUGAGGCUGACAGGCUGCUCGAUAUGGGCUUUGAAGCCAGCCUGAACAGCAUCCUGAGCUACCUGCCCAAACAGAGACGGACGGGCCUGUUCUCUGCCACCCAGACUCAGGAGCUGGAGAAGCUGGUGAGGGCCGGCCUCAGGAACCCCGUCCGCAUCACCGUCAAAGAGAAAGGUCAGGCUGCCUCGGCCACCCAGAAGACCCCGGCCCGCCUCUCCAACUACUACUUCAUUUGCAGAGCAGAGGACAAGUUCAACAACCUGGUGGCGUUUCUAAGGCAACACAAGCAUGAGAAGCAGCUGGUCUUCUUCAGCACCUGCGCCUGUGUGGAGUACUUUGGCCGAGCCCUGGAGUCGCUGGUCAAGAAGGUCACCAUCCACUGCAUCCACGGCAAGAUGAAAAAUAAGCGCAGCAGUAUUUUUUCAGACUUCAGGGCCUUAAAGAGCGGGAUCUUGGUGUGCACCGACGUCAUGGCCAGAGGCAUCGACAUCCCCGACGUGAACUGGGUUCUGCAGUACGAUCCCCCCAGCAGCGCCAGUGCUUUUGUGCAUCGAUGUGGGAGAACAGCGCGGAUCGGUAACUAUGGCAACGCCCUCGUCUUCCUGCUGCCAAUGGAGGAACCCUAUGUCAACUUCUUGUCCAUCAACCAGAAGUGCCCGCUGCAGAAGAUGUCUGCUAUAAAGGACGUGGUGGACGUGCUGCCCAAGGUGAAGGCCAUGGCCCUGGCCGACCGCGCCAUGUUCGACAAGGGCAUGAGGGCCUUUGUGUCGUACGUCCAGGCUUACGCCAAACACCAAUGCAGCCUCAUCUUCAGAGUAAAAGAUCUGGAUUUUGUGUCCCUGGCCAACGGCUUCGCGCUGCUCCGCCUGCCGAAGAUGCCGGAGCUGAAGGGGAAAACGUUUCCCGACUUCGUGGAGACGACGGUGAACACGGACAGCAUCCGCUACAAGGACAAAAACAGACAGAAGCAGAGGCAGAAGAUGCUGGCCGAGCUGAAAGACAAAGAGAAGACGGAGCUUCCCAAGAAGAACUUCGUCAAGAACAAGUCCUGGUCCAAGCAGAAGUGCAAGAAGGAGCGCAAGAAAAAACGCGCCGCCAAAAGGAAACACGACGAGGACUCCGACAUGGAUGAAGAAUACAUGAAGGAGCUUUUAGAAGACACUCGCCUCCUUAAGAAACUAAAAAAAGGCCAGAUCAGCGAGGAAGACUUCGAGCAACAGCUCACAAACUCAAAGCAGGAGGCAGGCGGACCAUAAACGUCUGUUUUAUUGUUUAGCAAAGUGACGCGGUUAUAAAUAGAGUUUGAUGAGUUCGUCGCUGACGGCCGACGGGGUGAGGACCCCCAGGUCUGUGAAGAGCAGGGUGAUGAGGGAGGGGGGCGUGUAGUCGAUGACCGGGUGCUCCUCCGACAGGUUCCGGCUGCUCUUCAGGGUGUCGGCCUUGUACUGUGCGGGACAGGAAGCACAAGUCAAUAAAUCUGGAUAAAGGGACGGAAAAUCCUUCAAAAUAUAAAAAUAAAAACAACACACAAAAUAAGGAAGCCGCACCUUAAACUUAACGGGGACGUCCUGUUGGUUCAGCGGAUACAGGCGAACAAAUUUAAAACUUUCUGCAACGACGUAGAAGGGCUUGUUGUGAGCCUUGGAGCACAGAGCCAUCUGAUAGGUGCCGAUCUGGGGAAAAACACACACACACACACACAUACUCUGGAUUCUGUUGGAAACGUACAACUGCCCCGUGUUCACACAGACCUGAUCUGAUCUGUGUAUUCAGCUCCCUCCAGUUUGAGUUUUAUCUGGGGCGGCGAAGGAAACGCACCUUGUUGAUGAUCCCUCCGCUCUCGACGACUCCCUCUGCUCCCACAAUGACCAGGUCCACCUUCUCCAACACAUACCUGGAAGACGGAAAACUGAAACUGAGCAGCUUUUAAAAACAGGUUCAUUGAAACAAUGUAAACGGAAAUAUUAAGCAUUUUUCCUCAACGUUUGCAACCAUCCGAUCUGUUAUUUUAAAUACUGAAACAAAGUUUAUCAUCUAGUGGUGCAUCAAUAAAUCAGCUCAGAUUUUC